UUACCAUUUUUGUAAACCACAAGACUAACCAAAGCAAGAGAAGCCUGAAACGCAAAGCGAAAACACAAAAGGAAGAACACUUGAUUUGGUUGAUUCUGGUUCUUUCAAAGCUAGCUCCAUGGUGUCUGUGAACCCAAACCCAGGUCAGGGGUUUUACUUCUUCGAUAAUCCAAUGAAUAUGGGCCUUACGGGCCUCAAUUCUCUGCCACCGCCGACCACCACCGCAUCGACGACGACGACUACGACUUCGACUACCACCGGUGCUGCUAAUCCUAGUACGGCGUCGUUCCUGGACGACCCGAGUAAGAAGAUCCGGAAACCGUAUACGAUUACCAAGUCCAGGGAGAGCUGGACGGAGCAGGAGCACGACAAGUUUCUCGAAGCUCUCCAACUAUUUGAUCGCGACUGGAAGAAAAUCGAAGCAUUUGUUGGGUCUAAGACAGUUAUUCAGAUACGUAGCCAUGCACAGAAAUACUUUCUGAAGGUUCAGAAGAAUGGAGCAAGCGAGCAUGUACCGCCGCCUCGACCAAAGAGAAAGGCAUCUCAUCCAUAUCCACAGAAAGCCCCUAAAAAUGUUGUAUCCCAAGCUACUGGGCCAUAUCAAUCUUCAUCUGCUAUGCUUGAACCUGCGUAUAUUUACCAGCCAGAUACGUCAUCAGUUCCUGGGAAUCCAGUUACUAGUUCAACUUUGUCUUCCUGGAAUUUUAACUCCACGCCACCAGUUGGUGCCCUGCAAGUGACUAAAGAUGAUGCAGGGUUGGCUGGACCAACCAUUGCACAAAAUUGUUGCUAUAGUAGUAGUAAUGAAAGCACGCGAAGGACUUGGCCAAGAGGGGAAAAAAAUGAUCGGGGGGAUCAUAGCAAGCCAGAGAAAGUAAUGCCAGAUUUUGCUCAAGUAUACAGUUUCAUCGGCAGUGUCUUUGAUCCCAACGCCACUGGUCACAUGCAGAGACUGAAGCAGAUGGAGCGAGUAAAUUUGGAAACUGUUUUGCUGUUGAUGAGAAACCUCUCCGUCAAUUUGGCAAGUCCUGAGUUUGAGGAUCAUAGAAGGCUACUUUCAUUGUAUGAUGCUGACCCUGAGAAGCCUAAAUCCGGUACCUCUCACAAUGAUCCCUGCACUGAUCAAUCACAUAGCACCAUUCUAUCUGCUUAGGAAGUGAAAGGGCAAGCAAAAAACAUGUGUAAUAUUCUGUUGCUAACAAGGGACUAUAGCAUCGUAAUACUCAUGUGUAUAUAUGUAUAUGAAGCUGCAGAGGACUACCAGUCAGUAUAUUAAUGUUGUUUCUCUUUCUGAUAUGUACUAUAUAGGAAGACCUUUCGUAAUCCAUAGGUGUAGGAUAAAACAGAUUUCAGUCACUUCAAGCUUUGUUUCGGGAACCCUUUUGUAUAGGUUCUGAGUGUUUUGCGUCAUUCAGUUUUGACUGUACAUGGUUGUAAGUUAUCCUUCGGAGGUUCUGUGUAACUGUUUCUGACCAGAUGAAAUGACUAUAUCUUGCUCGUGUGUGAA